AUGCCACCACGGAUACCCAACGCUCCCUCCUCUCUCCUCCUUCAGAGCAGCGCCUGCAGCGGUAGCAGCAGCAGGUGUACAGCUUCCAGGUCGACAUGGGCCUCCGCGUGCUCAUCUAGCCUUCCUCAGUCCUCCUCCCAACCAACAACACAUCAGCAGCAAUGCUCGGCGUUCUCCACGACCGCGCCGGCGCAAGGCCAGUCCAUCCGUCGCCAGAGGUUGUUCACCUGGUUGAAUAAGAGGGGAAGCGCAUUCAAGGAACACACCAGGAAAGGGCCGAAUCUCCUCGGCGGCAUUGACAAUGACGGUAACGCUCUGCCCUUCCCGGCCAACAAGUACUUCAAGAGUCAGCCCGUCCUCUCCGAGGGCUCCCGUGAGAUCAUCUACAAGGAUGUCAUGGAGAAGGGUCUGCCCAUCAAGGCCGUAUCCGCCAAGUACAACGUCGACGUGCGCAGGGUCGCGGCCGUGAUCAGGUUGAAGGAGAUCGAGAAGCGCUGGAUCAGGGAGUACAAGCCCCUGGCCCGCCCCUACGCUCGCGCCGUGAUGAACAUGCUUCCCCAGACCGUCCUGGGCGGCCCCAACCAGAAGCCCCACGAGUCCAUCAACGACGUGUACGUGCACAGUUACACUACUCAGCAGCUGUUCGUGCCCGUCUCCGAGUCGCGCGAUUUCACGCGCGAGGAUGCCGCCAAGGCGUUCGGUGACCACAUCCUGCCCGUAGACAAGAAGCUGCGCGUUCCCGAGCUCAUCGAGUUCCAGAAGGAUUUGUUGAACCGGGUUCCCCUCCAGGACGCGAACAAGAAGUUCCUCGAAGCGACGGCGGCGAGCGAGGCCAAGAUUGCCGAGCGCGAGGCUAGGCGUCUCAAGGCGAUCGAGGACUCCAUUACGCGCGUCAAGACGAACCGGUUCGAGUUCCGUUUCCAGGAGUACAACGCCGAGAAUGUUGGCCACGACGGCAGGGACCGCAACGCUAUUGGUUGGAGGUACGGUGUGCCCUUCCAUGACCGCAAGCGGUCCCAGAUCAAGAUCCCUACCAAGGUGGAGUAA